AUGCCCUCCUCACCCACAAAGCAACGCGCCGCCCUCGCACCCCUCGACGCGAACGCCAAACCCUCACUCCCAUCUCCCAAAAUGUCCAAAGAUGGAACCACGCCUAUCAUCCCCCUAACCGGCGGCUCAUCCCCCCUCAAGAAGAGCUUCUCACCGUCCGUCACAAGCGGCACCAAGCGCUCCGCCGAGGCCAUGACCUCCCCGGGGACCAAAAAGCCGUGUAUACAAGAGAACACGCGCUCACGAACUACAUCCCCCGCCUCGCCAUCCCUCUUCGACACCUCCACGGAAGGCGACUCAUGGGCCACCACGACCACGGAGCCCGAGAUCGGUAUUGUAAGCGACGCGCCGGCCUUGUUGGCGCCCCGACAACGAGGUAGUUUGACGAGAGAGCAAGCCAGAGAGAAGGCGGAAAUACUACGACUGAGACUCGGCCUCGCGAGCUACAAGGUGCGCACGGGACAAACGACCGUGCCGCUGGCAGAUCUUCAGCGUAAACCGCUGCCCAGGAAGACGGUGCGCGUGCAGUCACCUCGGGAGGACGCGUCGCAGUCGUGGAGACGGUCGAAUUCACCUGCCAGUGUGAGUGGGCUGGUUGGUCUUGCUAUGGGGGAUUCAUAG